AUGGAGCAAAAGACUUAGGCGAGUAAGAUAGUCGUCCUAGGAGAGGCUAGAGUUGGGAAAACCUCUUUAACAGUUCGUUUUUGUAUGGGAUAAUUCGAUGAUAACUAAAAAAGCACGCUAGAUGCAAGUUGUCUCGAAAAUACUGUAAAUCUUCCCAAUGGACAAUAAAUGCGUCUGACCAUUUGGGACACUGCGGGAUAAGAGCGAUAUCAUGCACUGAAUCCGGUUUAUUAUAGGGGUGCGGAAGGUGCACUGAUAGUUUAUGACAUCACAGACAUGGACUCUUUCACAAAAGUGAAUACCUGGAUAAAAGAACUUAGAAAAUAUCUACCUUAUGCAAGGGGUGUAGGCAGUGAACAUAUUAGUACGAGUGCAAAAACAGGGGCCGGAGUCAUAGAGCUGUUCUCUAAUCUAUCUAAAAAGAUAAUUAGUGCAUAAUCAAAUAAAAAAGAAGAAGCACCAAAAAAGAAAAUGAAUACCCGUGGAGUUUUGAAAGUAAACGGGUAUGCUGAUUUUGAUCCGCAAAUGAAUGUGUAGCUCCAAAGUAACAGAACUUCAACAAAAGCAAAGAAGAAGGAUAAAGAUGGUAAGAAGUGCUGCUGA